CCCCUCGUCAAAAGUUAGCGGGCCGCAGUUCAUUUUUGCGCAAAAAUUUAUCUCAUUUAUCUGUUGUUAUUUUUAAAGCACUCAAUAAUAUUGAAUUAAAAAGACUGCUUUUACGGUAUUAAAUUCCAAUGUAAGAUGGUAAAGGUUGUUGAUGGAACAUUAAAGCAAACAUCAGUAAAAGAUUUGUUUCUGAGAAAGUCAAAUAAGGAUAAACAAGAAGAAUCUUUUGAAACUGAUUUAGAUUCUAAAGUUGAAGUGAAAAGCCCGUCGAUAUUUGAUAAAUAUAAAAGAAUUGAGAAAAAAAAUAUUUCAAGUCCAAUAGAUCUCGACACUUCAGACGAUGCUUUAACUCCUUUGAAAGGAAUCAAAGAAAAUCUAAUCCAUCUCAACAAAUCUUUAACAGAACAUGAAAAUAAAAUGGGUGAUUCAAAUGCACAAAAACCUAAAAGCUCCUUCAAAUUUCGACCAGCGAAAGCAUUAAAUUUCAACGGAGUUAACACAAGUCCACCUAAUGAAUCUCAUAAAGAAGAAGUUAGUAAUAAGUCCUCAACAUUUAAGAAGUUUUCAGAUUUCUUAGUUGAUGAUGAUGAUGACUUUUCAAUGAUUGAUAAUGAAAAAGUUGAAAAACCAAAGCAAAAACAACUUUUUACUUUUAAGUCGAAACCUUUAGCGACCUCAACUCAAUCAAUGGCAUCGAUUGUGAAUGAAGAACGUGUGAAUAACAUCAAAGGUAUUGAUCCUCCAAGAAAAGUUGUAUCAAAAAAGUCUGAGGAAGAAGAAAAAAAGAAUCAAAUGAAUGGAAACAAAAUUAGUGAAAGUCCAGUGAAAAAUUCUGUCUUCAAACAUCGAACACCAGACGCAAUUGAUGAAAAUAUUAUAAAUGAAAUUGACAAAUCGAUGAAAGAUUCUUCAAGUGAUUUAAAUCAUCUUAAAGAAGAGAAACUUAAGUUUCUUGAGCAUUAUUACAACAUUAUGACACAAAUUCCAAUGUCGCACUUCCAUUCAAUUGAAGGAUUCAAUCAAACUUCUAUUAUAAAACUUAAGAUGGCAAUUGGGACUUUAAAUGGUCGAAUUAAGAGACGGAAAGCUGAGAUAAAUGAACCAAUUGUGAUUUCUACACCUGAUAAUCGAUCAGUGGUGGAUGCAAGUUUAGUACAAAUCGACGACGAUCAAUUCGAUCUUGAUGAGGUUAUGGAAAAUGUGAGAGACAACAAACUAGCAGAAGCAGGAAAAUCAUAUUGUAGUUACGUUGAUAUUACCAAUUCUCCGAGUGUUUCUUCAACUUCAAGCUUUAAACCACGAAUAAAUAUGGCAAAUCAACAACAAAGAUUGCCUGAUCCCACCCCCGUAGUACAUAACACAGAUUUUGUUGAAACAUUCGAUACAGACGACGAUGGGUUUCCUCUGAUUGAUUACAGUCAACUUGAAGAUGUCGUGCCGAUGCCUUCAACAUCACAAGCAUCAAAAAAUGUGAAACCAACUGAGAAAAUUGUCAAGGAAACUGUAAACUCAAUGAUUCCUGAUUCAUCAAGUAAAGUUUCGUUUUCAGCAAUAAAUUCACUGGGGAAGUUUCAUGACAAUGUUCACAACGAUGGACUUACUGGAGAGUUUGAUGGAUAUCACUUUCCUUUCUCUGAUCAAAUCAAAACUUGCUUUCAAUACACUUUUGGAUUGCGAGAGUUUCGAUCAAAUCAACUUCAAGCUAUUAAUGCUGUGAUGUUGGGAAACGAUUGCUUCAUUUUAAUGCCAACUGGUGGGGGAAAAUCUUUAUGUUAUCAAUUACCAGCUUUUAUUACUCCUGGAAUUACUCUUGUUGUUAGUCCAUUGAAGAGUUUAAUUCUUGAUCAAGUUAACAAAUUAAAGUCAUUGGAUAUUGAAGCCGAAGCAUUGACGGGAGAAAUGUCACAAGCUGACUCGAAAAGGAUUUUCUCUGAUCUUGGUUCACUGAAUCCCAAAAUUAAAUUGCUGUACGUGACACCAGAAAAGAUUUCAGCUUCAUCAGUUCUACAAGAGAUUUUAGACAAAUUAAAUUCGCGUGGCAAUCUCGCUCGUGUUGUAAUUGAUGAAGCGCAUUGUGUGAGUGUUUGGGGUCAUGAUUUUCGUCCAGAUUAUAAAAAACUCGGUGAGUUGAAGAAAAGAUAUCCAAAAGUACCAGUGAUGGCCUUAACAGCAACCGCCAAUCCUCGUGUUCGUUUUGAUGUCGUCAAUCAACUUGGAAUUAAAAAUUGCAAAUGGUUUUUAUGCAGCUUUAAUCGUCCGAAUCUCAAGUACAUCGUCACACCAAAAAGUGGCCCUAAAACACUCAACGACAUCAUUCAACUCAUCAAAUCAAAGUUCUCGCGAUCAAGUGGAAUCAUUUAUUGUCUUGCUCGUAAAGAUUGCGAUACGACAGCUGAAAAGUUGAAGAUAUCGAAUAUCAAAGCAGCGAGUUAUCAUGCCGGCAUGAGUGAUAAAGAGCGAGAACGUGUUCAAAACGGUUGGAUAGCUGAUAAGUUUCUAGUGAUUUGUGCAACGAUUGCUUUUGGAAUGGGAAUCGACAAACCUGAUGUUCGUUAUGUGAUUCACUUUGCAAUGCCGAAAUCUAUCGAAGGAUAUUAUCAAGAAUCGGGACGUGCUGGUCGUGACGGUGACAUUGCAACAUGUAUUCUUUAUUAUAAUUACAGUGACAAGGUUCGUUACAUGAAUCUGUUUAAAGGACAAUCGAAGGAACAAUAUCAAGUUUCACUUAAUAAUCUCGACUUAACAGUGAACUUCUGUGAAAAUAUGAUGGAUUGUCGUCGUGCAUUGCAAUUGAAUUAUUUUGGUGAACAUUUUACACGCGAACAAUGUUUAAUGAAUCGUUUAUCGGCUUGUGAUAAUUGUUCUCGUGCCCAUCAAUAUAAAGACGUUGAUGCAACAGACACUUGUAAGAUAAUUGUAAAUGCGGUUCAAGAAUGGUGCAUGAAUCGUCGUUUCACUGUUCUUCAGAUGGUUGAGAUGUUUAAAGGUGCUGAGACGAAGAAAGUUGUUGACUUUAAGAUGAAUGAAACGAGAUUUCAUGGACAUUUGAAGCAGUGGGAUCGAAGUGACAUUCAAAGAAUUUUCCAUAAAUUAAUCAUCGAAAAUUAUCUUCGUGAAGAAAUCAUAACUCACAACGACAUCCCACAAUCUUAUCUUAAAAUUGGACCGAAAGUAGCACAACUUAUGUCGCCAGGUUCCAAGUUAAAAAUACAAUUCCAAAUGAUGGAGAAGAAUCAACCGAAAGCAAAGAAAAUGGAAGUCACAGCUGUUGAUCAACAAGAUGAUGAAUUACGUGAUCGUUGCUAUCAUGAUUUGGUUGAAGUUGCACAAAGAGUUGCUGAAGAGAAAGGUUUAACGAUUGGACAAGUCAUGAACAUGCAAGCAAUUCGUGAGAUGAGUAAACGAAUGCCUGAAUCAGAGAAUGACAUGUUGCAAAUUCCACACGUCACAAAAGCAAACUUUGAUAAGUUUGGUCAAAGAUUUCUUGACAUUACAGUUCCUUAUGCUGCUCAACGAGCAAUCAAUGCGAUGGAGAAAGAUUUUCCUGACGAUGAUGACGAUAAUAAUGUAAGCAGUUACGAUGAUCAAGAAAGAGAUUGGGCAGCAUUAGGACGAGCAGCAUCGACAUCAUCAAACACAUCGAGUGGAUCAAAAAGAAAGUUUGGUGGUGGGUGGGCAAGACAAAAACCAAAACGUUACAAAACAAACACAAGUCGUGGUAAAAAGAAUUCUCCAGCAAAAAAACGAACAGCAGCAGCAGCUAAAGGUCGAACAGGAAAAAAUUUACUGCCAAGGCCAACACCACAAUUUUGAUUUUGUAUUCUGCUAAUUUAAUUAUCGAUAAGAAAGAUUUUAAUAAAAGAAAAGAAAAUUUACAUUUAACA